AUGGAAUCUGUAACCCAAGAAAAGAAAAAGCUUCGGAGUGUCAUCUGUUUUGAAGCGCAAGCACCAAGCGGUUACACCUUCAUUCCUGCAGGAAAUCCGCAACUCACUACAACGUGUAAGGAGCGGUGUCGAGACGAGGGUCUCCAAAUCCAUGCAGUAUCAACUACACCCCACCAUCGCCAUCAUAACCUGUCCCAGCAUGUUCAUCGGAUAGGAUAUCAUUUCCCUAGUACCGUGGUGGCAGCUGUUUGUUCAGAGCUGGGGUUCUACCUCACAAGCACUGGUAAAACAGUGCCUAGUACCUUUCCCACAGACAGGAUAGAGAAUCCUAAGCGGGCUGAUUCUGAAAUUUCUCAAAUAACCCUCAACACAGAAGCACGGGAUGCCUUAAAGGAUCUCUUUCCGAACAUACCAGACAAAGAUUUGAAUCAAAUCAUCAAGACCGCUUUUCAAAAGGGUCAGAAAAAAGUUGGGACGGCCACCGAAUUGCCUUUGGCUCGCAGAGCCCAACUUGCUGUGGUUGCCCACGUUCGGCAUGUCUACACUGACUAUGACCGCCUCCUGAAAACCACUUCAUUCCAUGAAGCAAGAGGGGUUGUUGAACACACAACUCUAGCAAAAGUCAUUGAGUGGCGAGGAGAUGAUGAGAAUGGCCAGACAGUCCUGGAAGAUGUUUUCCGCGAGGUGAUCGUUAUCUCAGACGACGAAGACAGUGAAUCAGAAGAAGAUGCGGCUGCUUCAGCAGGUCACCAGAACACCAGUGUGGAAAUACUUCCAAGCGAUACUCGGGCCCAUGAGAUCCAAUAUCAGCCUAUCAACAAUACGAAUCCUCUUGGUCGGGAUCUUCCACGGGAAAUAUCGGAGGAAGCGCCGCCUGGGUUCCGAUUUGUCACAAGAGCCCCGGCCACAGAUACCAUCAACCGUCGAGGGUUUAACAGGUACAAAGCAUGGACCCGCGCUGUCAAGGAAUAUAGAGAGGGUAUACAGGGCACUGAACAACCCAGGUUUUCUGGUGCCCCAGCUGAAAAGCAAAGCCCACGAUAUGCCGAGCAGCGCAUUACUGCUCAGGAAGUAGCUGCUGCUAGGCGCCAGGAUAUAGUUCCCCCGCACGCCGAAGUUCAUCGGCGAGUCGCUCCAGGCUCAGCCAGUAAUGAUGACCAAGCGCAUCGAGUGCUCGCUAUUCCACUAAUGGACCGACAGGUGGCCAAGAGACAUGUAGGUGUCCAGGAGAACUAUCUUCACUCGGACGCCCAACAAAAAUUCUCAAUCCAUGAACAGAACGCCAGGCCAACUGGACUAACUAACCAGGAAUCACCCGAGUUGCAAAUUCUAGAAGAGCUUUCUGGAACUAGAAAUGUGAACAUGAGCCACUCGCAGGAUGUUCCUCCCUCCAGGAUGGAGACCAGAUUUCGACAAGAAAGACUGCCUCCUCAGUCGGACAGGACCAACGCACCUGUGUUCGUGAGCGGACCAAAGGAAAAUCGUCAGAAAUUGACCCCAGUGGGACGCCGCCCUGACUCCGUCAGUUCCCCUCUUCUCAGACCAGGCUCAAACACACAGGACUCUAUCUUGCCCUCGAUUGAAAAUUCCCGGCCAUCAGAAAUCCGGCGGACUGACUGUGCGCAUCCUUUGGUACAUAUGACCAACAAAAUGUCCCUCCGGUCGGUCACGCCAGGGCGUCCUCAAGGAGAGAUGAUGCAUCACCCCGAUGUCAUCGAAAAGGAAAGUGACAGUGAACAAGCGAGCAAAAGAAGGCGUUUGGCAUGUCGUGAAGGUUCUCGAACCGAUUCCCGUCCAGAUCCGUGGAGUACAAGGCCCAUGGGACUUCCUGUUUCCGAAGGAUUCGGGCCACACUCUUAUCGUCGCGUUGAGCUUGUCCCAGACCACCGACCCCAGGACCAGCCUCAUUUCCGUCGGGACUAUCUGCCAGUGGAACAACCCCCUGUUGUAGGACACCAGCGGGAAAGGAACCCGAACUCGCUUUCUUAUUCCAACGCACAGUAUGGCCUAGAAACAAGGUCAGUCUUAGGUCGACAGCAUAUCAGCGGACCACACGAGCCUCAGUCUCAGGCUGGGCUUUCCGGUACCAGUAUCAUUGUAUCGGAAGGGGAUCGCACCUUCCGAGCGGCUCCAGCCGUCUCCAAUUCUGGACCGUGGUAUCCUUACCAUGGUGAUCGUAGUUUCCGUUCGGGCCAUAUUCCGAAAGAGCGGGCCAUUCGGCGCACCCGGAUUGAUGGUGGCCGCCCCUUAUCAGAGAACGUCCAGCCAGACAGGAACCUGUAUGCCGAGGACUUCGUCCGGCAUGUUGACCACCGUGAGCCCCUUCCAUUUGAAUACGUCUCCAGGCGCGCAGAACCAGAGGCCAAGCCCAUUGGAGAACCUUCUCAGUCGACCCGGACUAGAGACCUUGACUACCUUGGCACAAAGCAUCUGUCUCAGACCCAGGUUUCGUCGGAUCAACGUGGCCCAUUGCCCAUAGGACUGCGAGUGGCUCCUUCCCAUGACCACCUUCGCACCUUUUCAGACUCUGUCAUAGGAAAGAUCCAGCCUCACGUGUCCCCCCCUCAGGUCCCUCGUGAAAGACCAGCCAGUGGCGGGUUCAACUCCUCGCGACCGUCCUACAAUUACCCUCCCUCAUCCCAGACUAUGGAGCAAGAUCGCCCAGUCUACGUUCAAAGAGUUGAACCACGCCCAUCCUACUACUCCCUCCUUGAUGGAAGACAUGUUGUUAUUGUCGAUUAA